UAUUUAAAAAUAAUUAUUAAAUGGACUCUGGAAUAAUCGGGUGCGCACAAUAGCGGUUUGCCGAAAGCCCACCUCAUUUCUCUGUGCCACCGGUGAGCGGGGGGAAGGAAGCUCGUCGCGAAAAUAAAGGAUUAAAAGCGCGCACACGCACUCCGACGCGAAAAAGCACACACACUAAUUUUGAGAGGCGGUUUCGCAUUUUGCUCUGCGGUGAGAAGAAUCUUCGGGAGUUGUAGGUGACAUUGGAAUAGCAAAGUGUUUGUGUUUGGUUUUUCUGUGGCAUUCGGGCUUCGGGCUUUUGGUGGAGCUGGAAGGUGGAGUUCACUUAACUGCUAAUCUUCAUGAUUGAGUUUGGGUUUUGGUGUUCUAAUAUUUGAAAUUACGGAGGUGGUAAACGGGAUAUAUAGUUGCAAGAGUACGGCGGGAAUUCAUUAGCAACCUGCAGUGGAAGGGCUGGGAGGAAUAUAGGUGGAAUAGGGCUUCUUAGUUUUAGGGAUACAAGUCUAGAAGCUUCGAACAUUCAAAUGGGAGGGACAGACAACAAGACUCAUGAACUCGAGCCUAACGUGAUAGAACAAUCGAAAAGUUCUGAAGUUUUGACUCGAGAUCCAAAUUAUAAUGGAUCGAUACCAAUGGAAUGUGACAGAUUGGUUACUGAGACAGUGGAGCAAAAAGAAGUGACUGCACCUCAGACUAUCGUAAAUGUAUUAGUAUCUACAGUAGAAAUAUCAGAUAAAACUACAGAAAUACAACCAAAGCAGGAAGAUAUUUCCCUUAACGCAGGUGCAGAAAAACAAGAACCGUUAUUGGAAAAUGUAGAAGAGUUGCCAGGUUUUGAAAAUACGGAAGUAGCCUCCAAUGGGUCGACAAAUCAUGAAAAUUUGGGUACACCUCUUGGCGCAGCUUCUGAUGAUCCUAAUUGUGGAAAAGUAGAACCAGUGCAGAUUGAUUUCACUAUUGAUUCUGGUCAGAUUGACAAUGAAGAUGGCGCCGCUUCUGGGCAAUCAAGAAAGAGAAAAUCUAGAGUGAAAGGUCCAGUGAUUAGUUCAUGGUCUUUGCGUUCAAAAUCGCAAGAGAGACCCAAGGCUCCUGAACCUGAUGAAACUGUUAAAGCUGAUGAAACUGUUAAAGCUGAUGAAACCGUUAAAGCUGAUGAAACUGUUAAAGCAGGAAGUUCUAAUGGAGAAAAGAAAAAGAAGGGAAGAAAAAAGAAGCAGGUGAAGAAUAAUACUACUGUCAAUGAAUACUCAAGAACAAGGACACAUCUGAGAUAUUUAUUACACCGGAUAAAGUACGAGCAAAGUUUAAUUGAUGCUUAUUGCACUGAAGGUUGGAAAGGACAAAGCUUGGAAAAGUUGAAGCCUGAGAAGGAGCUCCAGCGGGCAAAAUCUCAUAUUUUACGUUACAAAUUGAGAAUAAGAGCAUUGUUUGAGAACCUUGAUCUGUCACUUGCUGUGGGAAAGCUUCCAACAUCUCUGUUUGACUCUCAAGGAGAGAUUGACAGCGAAGAUAUUUUCUGUGCGAAAUGUGGCUCCAAGGAACUGCCACUUGAUAAUGAUAUCAUUCUAUGUGAUGGUGCCUGUGAACGUGGAUUUCAUCAGUUCUGCUUAGACCCCCCUCUGUUAAAAGAACAAAUUCCUCCGGGCGAUGAAGGUUGGCUUUGCCCUGGAUGUGAUUGUAAAGUUGAUUGCAUUGACAUGCUUAAGGAUUUCCAGGGAACAAAAAUCUCUAUCCUUGACAGUUGGGAGAAGAUCUUUCCCGAGGCUGCUGCAGCUGCAUCUGGAAAGAAACUUGAUGACUGUUCUGGGUCUUCAUCAGAUGAUGCUGAGGAUGAUGAUUAUGAUCCCGAUAAGCCCGAUGCGGACGAGAAUAAUGUAGACGAGAAUAAUGCAGACGAGAAGGUUGAAGGAGACGAAUCAAGUUCUGAUGAAUCUGACUACUUUUCUGCAUCUGAUGGUGUAGCAGCUCCUCUUAAUAACGAUAAGUAUGAGGGGCUUCCUUCUGAGGAUUCGGAAGACGAUGAUUUUGAUCCAUCUGCUCCAGAUGAAGACGAACAGGUAAAGCAGGACAGUUCAGGUUCUGAUUUUACCUCUGAUUCGGAGGACCUAGAUGCUCUACUUGAAGAAAAUGCCACUGAGCCUGGUCAAGAUCCUGGACAAACAGCAGAUCAAAAGCAACCCUCCACAGGCUCUAAUGAUGAAAAUCCUAAAGUGGGUAGGAUGAAGAGGACAUCAUUAAAAGAUGAGCUGGUUUACCUUAUGGAGACCGAUGCCCAACCUGUGGCUGGCAAAAGACAAGUGAAACGGUUGGAUUACAAGAAAUUGCUUGAUGAAACAUAUGGAAAUGCUUCUUCUGAUUCAAGCGACGAGGACUUUGAUGAUGGCACCACUCGAAAGAGAAGGAAGAUUGAUCCUGAAAAAUCUGAGCGGAAGUCCCGUGAUAAAACUCCAAUUACAAAGAGUAACACGAACACCACGGAUGAAAACCAGAAAGCAAGCAAACGUUCAUCUAAGCGACCUCGAAAAAAAGUUGCUGAUGGGGGAACAAAUGAGUCGCCAGCUAAUAAUGGUUCCAGUACGACCUCUAAAAAACGACCACUGAAACGGCUCGGAGAAGCAACAACUCAGAGACUUUAUGUAUCCUUCAGUGAGAAUCAAUACCCCCAAAGAGCUGCUAAAGAAAACCUGGCAAACGAAUUAGGGAUCACAGUUCGGCAGGUUAGUAAAUGGUUCGAAAAUGCUCGUUGGAGCUACAAUCAUAGACCACAAACGGAAUCAAACUCAACUGAGAAGAAGCCACCCGAGCCUCAGACAAGUGUCGGCACAGAAGGUAACAAUUCCAAUCAGACUCUGGGAUUGGAAAACGUGGUAAAUAAUGCCAGUGGAGAAAAUUCCGGAAUUCCGUAACUUUUCAAUGGCAAGUUAAUUAGCCUUUUUUUUUUGCUAAUGAAUCACCUUUUCUUAUUUCUGAACCCAUUCACCUUUCUCUCUAACUUCCGCCACUUCUCCGCCGCUGCUCCGGUGAAGAUUUUCCGGCGGUGUGAUUCCCAGCCACUUCUCAGCCUGCCAAAAAAGCCUGUUCUGUAAGCCUGAAAAUUUAUUUUGAAAUAGUCGUAUAAGUGAAGUUAAAAAUAUUGCCGGUGAGUGUUGUCAUAGUCCGAUGAAAUUUGAAAUCAUGCAGAACUUGUUUGUUAUGUUACGACGAUCAAAUCACGCUGCCUCUAUAAUACAAUGUAGACCUGUAAAAUUUUCGAGGGCAUAGGUAUUAGUUAAUAUUAUUUCCGCUGACGUUUUGAAGUUAUGCAUAAAUAUUUAUAAUUUUUCUGAUC